AUGGCGUUGCUGGUUGAAACCACCACAAGCGGCCGUGAAUACAAAGUGAAAGACAUGUCCCAGGCCGAUUUCGGCCGUCUCGAAAUCGAGCUGGCCGAAGUUGAAAUGCCUGGUCUCAUGUCAUCCCGCGCCGAAUUCGGUCCUUCCCAGCCCUUCAAAGGCGCCAAAAUCACUGGCUCCCUCCACAUGACGAUCCAAACUGCCGUCCUCAUCGAAACCUUAACCGCUCUCGGUGCCGAAGUCCGCUGGUGUUCCUGCAACAUUUUCUCCACACAAGAUCACGCGGCUGCCGCCAUCGCUCGCGACAGCGCUGCCGUCUUCGCGUGGAAAGGUGAAACUCUCCAGGAGUAUUGGUGGUGUUCUGAACGCGCUCUUGACUGGGGUCCUUCCGGUGGACCAGAUCUCAUUGUCGAUGAUGGUGGUGAUGUCACUCUUUUGAUCCAUGAAGGUCUUAAAGCUGAACAGCUUUUCGAGAAGAAUGGUACUUUACCCGAUCCUUCUUCAACUGAUAAUGCUGAAAUGCAGAUCGUGUAUACCAUUAUCAGAGAUGGAUUGAAAACCGAUCCAAAACGUUACCACAAGAUGAAGGAUAGAAUUGUUGGUGUUUCUGAAGAAACUACCACCGGUGUUAAGAGGCUUUAUCAGAUGCAAGCUAAUGGUUCCCUUUUGUUCCCUGCUAUCAAUGUCAAUGACUCUGUUACCAAGAGCAAGUUUGACAACUUGUAUGGUUGCCGUCACUCACUUCCCGAUGGACUCAUGAGAGCUACUGAUGUGAUGAUUGCCGGAAAGAUUGCUGUUGUAUGUGGUUACGGAGAUGUUGGCAAGGGUUGUGCUGCUGCAUUGAAACAAGGUGGUGCUCGUGUGAUCGUGACUGAGAUCGAUCCAAUCUGUGCACUUCAAGCACUCAUGGAAGGUCUACAGGUUCUGACUCUUGCGGAUGUUGUCUCUGAGGCUGAUAUCUUCGUUACCACCACCGGUAACAAAGACAUUAUCAUGGUCAGUGACAUGAAGAAAAUGAAGAACAAUGCCAUCGUCUGCAACAUUGGUCACUUCGACAAUGAAAUCGAUAUGCAUGGUCUCGAGACAUACCCUGGCGUGAAGCGUAUUACAAUUAAGCCACAGACUGACAGAUGGGUUUUCCCUGAAAACAACUCCGGUAUCAUUGUUUUGGCUGAAGGUCGUUUGAUGAACUUGGGAUGUGCUACUGGACACCCGAGUUUCGUCAUGUCUUGCUCCUUCACUAACCAAGUGAUUGCUCAGAUUGAGCUAUGGAAAGAAAAGACUUCUGGGAAGUAUGAAAAGAAGGUGUAUGUUUUGCCUAAGCAUCUUGAUGAGAAGGUGGCUUCUCUUCAUCUUAACCAGCUUGGAGCUAAGCUUACCAAGCUUUCCAAAGAUCAGGCAGAUUACAUCAGUGUGCCAGUUGAGGGUCCAUACAAGCCUGCUCACUACAGGUACUGA